AUGUGCUCAAAAUCUACAACCAGUUCUUUCGUACUCGAGGAGGCGACCAUCGAAGACUUCCCUGCCAUCCGAGACAUUUGGUUUGCAGCCUUCUCCCAGCCGGUGAUUGGAGAGCUAUUCCCUGACUCUCCGGGCAUGCGCCAAUGGGUGCUCAACGAUUGGCACCUGAACGAUUUCAAGACGAGGCCCUUCCAGAAGUACUUGCGCGUGGUUGAUACCGCCUUCAGGGACGAACAAGGCCGCCCACGAAUCAUUGCUUUUGGUAAAUGGGACCUGUCCAUGCCAGGAGCACGCGGUCGUCGCUUUCCACAAUGGCAUCCCAGUUCACCUUAUGAGCGCUGCGAGGAACUCAUUAAUGUCCUUGAGAAAGAGAGGAUGCGGGUCAUGGGUGAUGAGAAACAUUACUAUACCGUCGGCACCCACCCCGAUUAUCAACGACGUGGCGCUGGCUCGAUGCUGGUUCAAUGGGGUUGCGAUCUCGCUGAUCGAGAUGGCGUUUCUGCAUACGUGGAUGCGAGUAAGGAGGGUGCUCCAGUGUACCAGAAGCAUGGAUUUGUAGACUACAGCUUACCGGGCUCUGAUGUUGCGUCGAUGGCUCGUCGGAAGAAAAUUGCAUGA